AUGAUCGAAAAGCGAGGAAAGGGCAGUACGUUUGUUGGGUGUUGCUCCAGAAGACAGAACAGGAGCCUAGACAUUUCAUCCUGUGUGCGAAAGGCCUUUAACACUGAGAGCUUCCAGUGGAGAGGAGCUUAUGCCAGCAGAUGUGACUUCCUGACAACCUCUGAACAAGCCAUCCUCAAAGGUGCCAUUAGGCUUCUCAGCUCCAUUAGAGGACCUUCCCCAGCUCCCCCACGUGACGUGCUGUGCGUUGGAAAACCUGUACCUUCUGAUGGGAAGCUGGAAGACCUCGAGGAGGUGCCUCCAGGAAACGUGCUAGGGAGGAAGAUAGUCUGCCAGAAUGACUAUAAAUGCAACAUUGAAGGGAUUGGAAUCCAGCCAACCACUUCAGCUUACCUUCUAAAUUGA